CAGUAAGUCUACCAAGAGAAGGACCUUGCAUUUUCAAUUUGUAUCUCAGAAAUAAAAUAAAUAAUAAUUAUUAGUUUUGCAAUCGUUUUGGAAAUCCACCAGAUCCCCACAGUGAACGUUACAUAAUUUUUGAUGUCGGAAAGAACAUACUCUAAAUAUUUUUUUUCUAAAUUGGAAUUAAAAGAAAAGUAAUGAAUACCAUCACAAGCAGAUUUCAAGAGCAUUUGGCAAAUACUAGCUGAAUUGUUAGCUGAAUAAUAAAACAAGUGCUCUCGCUGAUAAGAUAACGACGAGCGCUUUACUGUCAGUGACAAGCAAAAACUAGCAUUCAACGGUAUCAGUUCCUCUUGAGAACAACGCAAAAUGAUCCGGCUAAGUAAAAAUCUGUGUGUCAAUCCGUGGGGACAGCGAGAACUGGCUUGUUUUGCUAGACAGUUUUCUUUUAAGGAUGAAGGGAAAGAUGGUAAAGGCUCGUAUAAGCCUGGUCAAGUGGAAGCCAAUCGGGAGAACCCGUUGUCACGGACGGUGAAGAUUUUGGGUAAUGAUAUGAAAAAGGUCAAAACCUUUAUUCUACCCAAUAAGAAGGCGUCGGAGGAAGCGGACAACUAUCUGGAACGGUACAGGAGGGAAGAUUUCCAGAGUCACUGCGAUGUACUGAUCAUAGGCGGUGGCGGCAUUGGAUCUUCGAUUGCGUACUGGCUAAAGAAGCGAGCCCGAGCAGGACUGAAUGUGGUGGUGGCGGAGAAAGAUGCUACUUAUCAGACGGCCUCGACUUGCUUAUCGGUAGGUGGAUUGAGACAGCAGUUUUCCAUUGUCGAGAAUAUUCAAAUGAGUCUGUAUGGAGCGGACUUCAUAAGGAAUGUUAAGGAGUACUUGGGCGAAGAUGUAGCUGUGAAUUUUACUCCGUAUGGAUACUUGAUGCUUGCUUCGGAAGCUGGAGCAGAGCAGCUGCAAGAGAAUUCUAGGCUACAAAAUACGUUAGGAGCUAAGAAUGAGAUUUUGACGGCUGCCAGAUUGAAGGAACGGUUUCCAUGGAUGAAUACCGAAGGGAUAGCUCUUGGGUGUCAUGGUUUGGAAAAGGAGGGUUGGUUCGAUCCGUGGGCGCUACUCACAGGGUUCAAAAAGCGUGCAAUCGAGUAUGGUGCUCAUUAUACGGAAGCUGAACUGGUAGGAUUCGAGUUCCGUCAGCAUCCGGAUAUCCUCGUCGAAGGCGUUAAUCCUGGAGAGUACGAAGGACUGGACAGAGCAUACUUGAAAAUGAAAAAUGGCGAAAUACGUGAUGUGAAAUUUUCUGUCGUAAUUAUUGCAGCCGGUGCACAGUCGGGAGAGGUGGCGAAACUGGCCCGUAUUGGAACGGGGAAGGGAAUGCUUUCGAUACCCUUGCCGGUGGAACCGAGAAAGCGAUACGUUUAUGUAUUCCAAUGUGAAAAUGAUAAUGGUCCGGGAAUCAAUACUCCCUUGACUAUCGAUCCCACCGGGACGUAUUUCCGACGGGACGGGUUAGGUGGCAACUACCUUGCUGGAAAGAGUCCUUUGCCUUCGGAGGAACCUUCGGUGAAUAACUUAGAUGUUGAUCACACAUAUUUCGAUAGCCACGUGUGGCCGAAUCUAGCACAUCUGGUGCCCAAUUUCGAAGCGAUAAAGGUCAAAAAUGCUUGGGCAGGGUACUACGAGUACAACACAUUUGACGAAAAUGGAAUCGUCGGACCGCAUCCGUACUACAACAACUUGUACAUCGCGACAGGAUUCAGUGGACACGGUAUUCAACAAACUCCAGCCGUUGGCCGAGCCAUCUCCGAAAUGAUCAUCGAUGGUGAAUUCCGAACAAUUGACCUCACACGAUUCGGAUUCGAUCGAAUUCUGGUGGAUCAACCGCUUUUCGAAGCGAAUAUCGUGUGACACGUGACCAGUAAAACACACCAACAUUAUCAUUAAACUAAAAUUGGAUUUUAUUUUCUAUGUCUCUCACGCUGCCGCUACACAAUGUACAAUUUAAUCGAUUAGAAGUUCGUUUGCACCUCAGUAGGGAAAACUACGCUUCAAAAUGAGAAUGAUUGUUAACUUUUGAUGAUUACGCGAACGAGAUAAACACGACACAAGUUGGGAAGGGAAAGCUUUUAACUAGUCUAAUAAAUAAUCGGAUGAGGUGGUUAGCCCAAGACAAACAAA